AUGUAUAGGUCUCGAGGAACAGCCCCUCAGGGGGGUGGCAUCCUCGGCGCCUUGAAGGCGACGGAGAUGUUGGAUUCAAGACCGACACUUCCAGCAGAAAUCCUCGUUGCGAUCUUGGACUACCUCCCCGUGGCAGACCUGAUGCAGGUUGCUCGAGCGUCUCGUCGAAUGCAGGAGAUGGUAUACGAUGAUACAAGAUGGGUGGCCCGGUUGAAGAGCAUGGGGUGCUGGGACGAGCAAGAGGCGAGACGCCGUUUCGAGGAGGCUGUGAAGAGGAGACGGGAAGCGGCGGAACGCGCAGCGAACGCAGCCAACAACCAGCCGGGCGCUGCCGCAGGUCAUGUGGCACCGAAACUGACGAGUACGACUCUGUUCGAUGCCACGGUCGAGGAAGCGCGCCGAAAUCGCCAGUCCAUCGUCGCCCCUCCUAUCGACGGCUUCGAACGAAUGACGGUGGGAGCAGCUGCAGCCAAAGACCCGUUCAAGGACCCAGAGGCACUAUUGGACGUGAUUAAGAAUGUAAAGAGCGUGAGGGGGCGUGCGAGGGAAGAGUACGGGAAGAUCUACGGCGCGCUGGCGCCCUUUUACUACGACCUGGCCAGGGCGAAGAGCCACACAGAUCCCAUUGUAUUCCAGGUGUUUCGGGAUCCCGAACGGCAGGCAAGGAUGCUGUCAAACCUGCAGACGUUUGCAAAGAGCGACUGGGCGCAAGGGUGGAACCAGCGAGAGGAUCGACUAAUGACCAUGACGAGCAUUUUUGAGAGCGCGGUGCUUCGGGAGUUCGAGCAGGGUUACGAAUUUUGGGACGUCGACGGUAGAAUGAAGCGGUACGCGCAUAAGCACCCCAUCUUCAGCGACCGCGACGUCUUGUCGGCGAACGCGGUGGACUGCAUCAACCGGGCCAACCCGGAAGACGUCAACUUGGAGCCGUCACGUGCGUUCUUUGAGAUACUGCUGCAGAAGAUGAACGAGCAAGCGGGGGUUAUCGAGCGCAUAUUCGCCAACCCAGAUGUUGUGUUUUGGGAAUUGAUGGAGAAGGUCAGGGAGGACAUCAUUAUGGACUAUAUCACACCCCUAUUCGACGCUACGCAUGACCAGAAUCGACUUUCGUACUUGAAGGCCGUGGCGGGGGUGUUUGAGCAAGGCAUGCUCUUCUUCAAAUCGUUGGCAGUACCGGAGGCUUUCAAGGGGAGUGUCGAGGAGAAGGCAAAAGAGAUGAUGCUGAGGGUGUUUGAACCGCAUCUCGACCUGUACUUGCAGGAAGAGCUCGACUUCUUCACGCAACGCGCCGAGACGGAGGUGGCGGAGUGGGAGAAGAAGCUUUCGGAGCAGGACGCCUCGGUCGAGUCGUUCUACAUGAGCAACUUCAACAGGCAGGCGGACAAGAAGGACUUUCUGAGCUCCUUCAAGAAGGUGGUCAUGAUGCCAGUCACGGUGCUGCCCUCAUUUGGGACUUCGGCAGCGAAACCCGCGACGGCAAACGGCACAUCCGGCAUCUCGCCGCAGCCAUCCAGACCACACACCCCCAGUCUUGCGCCUGGCGGCGUGGACGGCAGUGGACGGCUCAGCCCGCUUCCAGAAAAGGCACCCACCGACGAGCUGGCGGCCAAGGCAGCGCUCAUGGCGUCGCGUAUGGAGGGCAUCAAGACGCUGUUCAGCAUCGAAGUGGCCCUCAACCUAACACACACCGCCAAAACGAGCAUGGCCCGGGCGUCCAGCUUCAUCAAGCUAGGUGGUCAGUACGGCGAGGAGGCUCGGGAGCAGUGCGAGACCAUCUUCGUGGUCAUGCUCCGCAUCCUCGGCAACCGGCAUGUUAAACCGGGCUUUGACAAGGCCGUGGAGCACCUAUCGCACUACAACCCGCGCGAGGUCAGCGACCACAACCAGUCGGGAGUGGCGCCGCUCGUGACCUUUAUCGAGCUCGUCAACGUGGGCGACCUCAUCUCGCAGAUGAUUGACGUGUUUUACGAGCAGCAGCUGGCGGGGCCAAAGAUCGCCGACAAGAACGACUUCCUCGACCCGGCGGGCAUCGCCAAGAAGAAGUGGGAGCAGAUGCUCGACGAGAGCGUCGCGGCGGGACUGAACAAAGGCAUCGACGUGCUCAUGGACGAGGUCGAGUACCUCCACGGCACAACGCAGCAGCCGACCGACUACAACCCGGAGGAGACGGGCGGCAUCCUCGCGGACCCAGGCCCGACGCAGACGGCACUGCGCAUCGUGGAGCUCGUCUCGGCGCACACGCGCAUGCUUGUCGGCAGCACCGAAAAAUCCAUGCUCGACGUCUUCAACGGCGAGGUCGGCCUGCGCCUCUUCACGGCCGUGUGCAAGCACCUCAAGCGCCAGCGUAUCAGUACUCAGGGCGCCAUAAAGCUCAUCGCCGACAUGAACCUGUACUUCGAGUACAUCCGCACCCUCAAGAACCAGGACCUGCUGGCCUAUUUCAAGGCCCUGCGCGAGCUGAGCCAGAUCUACCUUAUCGACCCGCGCCACGCCAAGGAGAUGGCUACCAUCAUCGCCGACGGCGACCGCUUCGAGGGCGUUUUCCGCGCCGAGGAGGCAUAUGAGUUCGCCCAGCGUCGCGCGGAUUGGUACCAGGUCAGGAAGGACGUCGAAAGGGCCAUGUAUGGCAUGGAGUGUUCUUUGAUGUAA